GCGAGAUUUCCCGUCCCGACUCCGCUCGUGACCACGUCAAGCGAACACAGAAGUUAGAAAUCAUGGCGGAGCGCAGGAGACACAAGAAACGAAUCCAGGAGGUCAGUGAACCUACCAAGGAGGAGAAGGCGGUGGCCAAAUACCUGCGUUUUAAUUGCCUCACUAAAUCCACCAACAUGAUGGGACAUCGAGUGGAUUACUUUGUCGCCUCUAAAGCAGUGGACUGUCUGCUAGAUUCAAAGUGGGCCAAAGCCAAGAAGGGAGAGGAGGCUUUGUUCACCACCAGGGAGUCUGUGGUGGACUACUGCAAUAGGCUCCUCAAGAAGCAGUUUUUCCACCGAGCCCUUAAAGUGAUGAAGAAGAAACCCGAGAAAGACGUGAAGAAAGAGAAGGAAAAAGAGAAAGAAAAGGAAAAAGAGAAGGCGAAAAGUGACAGCGGCAAGGAAGAGGAGAAAAAGAGCAAAAAGGAGAAAGACAAAAAGAAAGACAGUGAAGUCACAGACGCAAAGAAAGACAAAACUGAUGACAGUCCAGGAUCUCCGAAGAAGAAAAAGGACGUGAAGAAGAAGUUCAAGCUGGAACCUCAUGAUGAUCAGAUGUUCUUAGAUGGCAGUGAGGUUUACUUUUGGAUUUACGAUCCAGUCCACUUCAAAACCUUUGCAAUGGGAUUGAUUCUGGUCAUUGCGGUCAUUGCAGCCACUCUGUUCCCCCUGUGGCCGGCUGAGAUGAGAGUUGGUGUUUAUUACCUAAGCGUGGCCGCUGGGUGCUUCGUCGCCAGUAUCCUUCUCCUGGCUGUCGCUCGCUGUAUCUUAUUCCUGAUCAUCUGGCUGGUGACCGGCGGCCGUCACCAUUUCUGGUUCCUUCCAAACUUGACGGCGGACGUGGGCUUCAUCGACUCCUUCCGGCCCCUCUACACGCACGAGUACAAGGGCCCGCGCUCCAAGAAACACAGCGGUGAAAACAAGGGAGGGGAUUCCGGCAAAGCGCAGAAAUCGGACAGCGAGGAUAAAUCGGACAGCGAGAAAAAAGACGGCGAGGAGGAAGAGGACGAAGACGCGAAGGAGGCGGGCGACGGGAUUGAGGAGGCGGGCGGGGAGCGUCAGUCGGACACGGACAGUGACAGGAGAGAGGACGAAGGCUCGCAGCACAGCAACGGCAACGAUUUCGAAAUGAUCACCAGAGAAGAGCUGGAACAGCACACGGAGGAGGACGAGGACGAGGAGGAGGAAGGCGAGACAAAACCCUUGACUGUCCAGACAUAAACAUUGGGCUUCAUGCCGCUCCCAUGCUCCAUGUGGACCUGCUGACGUACUUCUGUCAUGUUCAGAAGAUGUUUCCCAUUUCUAUUCUGGCUGAGAUCUUCCUCUGUGAACACAGACAGGCUAAACGGUUAAACGAGAGAGAAAAACGGCAAACGCUCUUUCGUUUCCCUGAAUAUGUGGAUGCAACUGUGCGAGUCUCCCUGACCCUGUGUUUCCCUAAACAACUGGUUUACACCUUCAUUUUUUUCUUUGUUAAUUGUUAUCGUCAUCUAAUGUCAACCAUUUUUUUUUAUACACGUUAGUAAUGUUAAUUGUCGAAGGAUGAGGUGAGCUUUCACAAAACAGUCGUUUUGGAUUUGUGUCGGCUUGUUGUUGACUGGUUGCGUUUGUGUUCAUCUGUACCGUUAGUAAACAUAUAUUGGAUUAUUUGGAUGGACCAACAUUUUGUCUACGUCAUUUUAAGCAAAUAUCCGAAUGGCACUUUUGAAUGACCUUUAACACAUUUCUAUGAGAUCUUGCGAGCCGUUUCUGUGUCACGCGUUUCUGUCAAGUUUUGUGACCCUGGUGACAAAUAAUUCUUGUUAAAGGACCCAUAGCGAGAUGAUGAUGUAAUAAAUUGGAGUAUCUUUGACUGCUACUAGUGUUAUAAUAUUCAUAAUAAGAAUUUGCAUUCAAAGGGGAAACCACAUUCACAUUUGUGCCAAAUUAUAUAUAUAUUCAAGAUGUCACUACAGUUGAACUAUAUUAGCCAGAGUUGCUGUACAUCUCGCAUCUUUGCAUCAUAGGCUUUUCAGUCACAUGUAAUUCUGUUCAAACAAUCUCACCCGAGCGUCUGUGGUCCAAAAUGGCCUAUUAGUAAUUGUGUGUUCUAAUAGAGCUGAGGUCCAAUACUUUAAUACAUGUCCAUAGGGAUGCAUACUGUUGGCUAGAGUGUUAUUUUUCAUUUGCUGUUUCGUUCACUCAUACUGAGGAUAAUAUUUAAGAGAGAAAAAUGUAUCAUUUAUAUAUGGAUUCUAUAAAUCUAUCAGCAAUGUUCGUGCCAGCGGUUCAUAUGGUGUUACACAUGAACUGAAUAAAGGAGUAGUUCAAUUUAAAAUUGGCCUCCUUUCUCUUUCAAUAGUCAUUUUUAUUCCUACUAUGAAAAGUCAACGGGGGCAAAUUUUGAAGUGAACUACUCCUUCAGGUUUAUUAUUUCAGUGUGUAUUUUUGCAAAUAUUAAAACCACAAAUAAAUGCUUUCAGACGGUUUUAUUACAGUCUAUUGGAUACAUGAUUAAUGCAUAGAGUUAGUGUACACGAGACUGCGACUAUUCUGUCCAUUAAAAAUACAAAGAACCCGUGUUAAAGUAUACAAACAACAUCUCAAGGAGCCGCUUAAGUGAAUGUCGCUCAUCUCUCGAGGAAUCUUAACAUGUUGAUCUUGUCAGUGAUAUCUGCAGAUGGGCGGCAGUUAGUGUUUCUGUAGAAGUACCGUAUAUGUCCUAGAUGUUCUUCAUCUUUGACUUUGAAGACCUGUGUAGCCUGGGCAUAUAACUAGUAAGAAAUAUCUAGUUGAUUUAGAAAACACAUUCACUUUCUAUGAAAAUGUUUUUGGUUUCAUUGUGUCUGGGGGUCAAAUAUGCUAUAAUGUACCUGAUGUUCAUUCUUUAUUGGCAGAAAAUGCGUCACAGUUUGUUAUUGGGUGUUGCAGCUCAGUAUCAGUCAUGUACAAAUGUCAUUUUGAAUCAUAUUUCUAUAGACCCAAUUAUCUGCUCAAGGUGUCUUUAUUAACUAAUUCAUUGUCCGUAUUUGGAUCAAUAAUGAGGACUUUGUCACAAUAGCUGCAGUAUAAUUUAAAUGUCUGUCUAAAAGUGUAUCUGUAUCCUUUCAUUGCAAUAAAAAUCUAGAACAGGA